CAUCAAAUUCUUCAUCUUUCUUUCUUCCUCUCUUACAACAAAGUACAAAUUACUUUCAGACAUAGAUUCGCUUCCUUAAAACCCCCAGUUGAUGUUCGCUAAUUUCUGAGAUUUGCAAGAAUUAAUUCCAAUUUCAAUUCAUAUUCAUGGCUGUCUUCAAUUCUCCUUAGGGUUAGGAAAGUUGUGGCGGCUUUCUAUUUCCCUUUCCCUUUCCCUUUCCCUUUCUAAGAUUCGUCUCUGCGAAAAAAAUUAAAUUAAAGAAGUAUUCAGAUUCCCUUUCAAAUGCUAUUAUUGUUAUUGUUAUUGUUAUUAUUAUUAUUAUUCCAUUCGUUCUUCCUAUAAUUUCCGCCAGAUUUAGUACCGGCAGUCUUCGAUUUUUGAUGAGGAGGAAAUGAACCACACCUCAUCGUAUUUGGGGAAUUCGAAUUGGCUGUUCGAGGAAAGUACGGUCACCAAAUGGACGCCGGACGAGAAUAAAAGGUUCGAGAAUGCUCUGGCGGUGUUCGACAAAGACACGCCGGACAGGUGGCACAAUGUGGCGUCGAUGAUUCCCGGCAAGACCGUCGGUGACGUCAUUAAACAGUACCGUGAGUUGGUCGAUGACGUCAGCGAUAUUGAGGCAGGUCUGAUUCCGGUUCCCGGCUACUCCAACAAUUCCUUCACUUUGGAGUGGGUCACCAGCCAUGGCUACGACAGUUUGAAGCACAUCUACGCCGCCGCCGCCGCCGCCGCCGGUGGGCGGCGCAACCCGGCGUCGCGGUGCUCCGACCACGAGCGGAAGAAGGGCGUCCCAUGGACGGAGGAAGAACACAGACAGUUCUUGUUGGGUUUGAAAAAGUAUGGUAAAGGAGACUGGAGGAACAUAUCUCGGAACUUCGUGACAACGAGGACGCCGACGCAGGUUGCUAGCCACGCUCAAAAAUAUUUUAUCCGGCAGCUGUCGGGAGGGAAAGACAAGAGAAGAUCGAGCAUCCAUGACAUCACAACAGUUAAUCUCGACAACACAAAGUGUCCUUCCCCGGACAAAUCUCAGCACCAUUCGCCGCCGCCAGAGUCAAACUUGACGACAACGUUGCAGCCGCCGCACCACAAUUCAGACACAAAUGUUGUUGUCCGAGGAAGCUACGAUUCGGGUGUUCCCGGUGCGAUAAUUGGGCAGGAUGGCAGCUAUAUGAUCAGCCAUCUUCAGGGGUCUUUGCCAUUCGGGUUUAAUUUGCUUGAGCAUCACGUAGAUUCACAUGGACUGAGGUUAGGACAUUAUGGAACAGUUUUUCAAAUGCACCCGACUCAACAUACUUGAAUUUUAAGCGAAUUUUUGUGGAUAUAUAUAUAUAUAUGUUGUCGUCGUCGAGGGCUAUUUAAGGUUUUCGAUUGUUCUUACAACCUAGCUCUAGAUAUGCAUUGUAAUAGCAAGGGAUUUUGCCCUGAAUCUGAACUAGAAAUCGUGUAACUUCAA